AUGAGCGACGAUGGCAGUGGGCUCUGCUCCGAUGAUAGCGAGAACGCACCGUGCGAGAGGACCCCUCGGGAUAUUCAGUGGCAUGGCCCUGCUCCUGCCAGCGCAUUACUCCAGCUGGACCUCCCAUGCCACUGCAGGCGCGACUGGAAUUGCAAGCUUUGCGUGAUGUCAACCCUGCCGACGGCCGAAGCAGAAGUCCCAGCAUGGAUCGAGCCUCCACGGUCUCCCGACCUGAGCGUGAAUGGCCAAUGCAGGAUGGGGAUCGUCUCCAAGGACCUCACUUACCCAACGGCAGGAGUCCGACGGGGGCUCUUCCACGUGACGACCUUGGUUUUGGCUGGGCCUAGCCUGGCCCAAGCCCGCAAUCACUUCCUGGGCCUGCUGCGCCUUCAACUGUCUGCCAAUGAAGCUCCCACGAGUCGUCAGCAAGGCGGCCGUGUGGGCGCGAUGCGGAGACGGUUGCAAGCACAGGGCUGGCAGGCUGUCUGUGUUGCUGCCCGCCAACAUUUGGGGGGCGAGUACCGGGAGCGAUGGUGUGAUUAUGAGUGGCGCAGCACACACGAGCGCCGACCGCGGCGUGCAGAGGCACGUCCGGACCUGCGAGGCGACAGUUGCAGCUUUGCCCGCCUCGUCUGCUGGCUGCUGCCGAUGGUAGGAGGGGUGAGGGUUGCCUCCGCUGCCGUGGCGGAGGCUGGACCUGGCUCCAUGGAGCUGGGGAAGCAUCGCGGACCGGUGCCGAGCGCCUCUACGAGCCGCUCCAAGACGGCGACAGGCAACUGGCUGUGCAUUCACAGCGCCGGCGACCCUGACGAGGCACAUGCGUCCCUGUCAAUUGUGCCGGUUCACUGGCGUGCAGACAUCACAGGCGCCAAACCAGUCACCUACGAUAAGGCUGCUUUCCAAGAGGCUGUUCGCUCGUCACCUGAGCAGGUCCAGGCACUUCAGCGGAAGGUGCAGGCGGAGGCAAGCAAGGUCUCCACUGCUGAUUUGCAUCUCCUGCAUCAGAAGAUCAACCGCAUCUUGUGUAGCGUUGUGCAGCAGGCCUUCCCGCCCAAGCGGGCGGAGGACACCAGAAUCAGUGCCAAUGCCGGCUACCGAGCAUCAGCCAGGCAUGUCUGGCAGCUGUAUGCGCAAAUGAAGCAAGCUCGCAUUGCUACCGUAGGCCGUCUCAUUCAGCAGUGGCGCCGCGCCGCCGCUUUCGAGCGGGCCUCGCGGGCCCUCAGAGAGCAGAGCAGCCGCCUCAAGCGCAAUGCCUUUCAGGACAAGCUUCGCAAGGCCGAACAGGCAACUACUGCGGGCGAUCAACGUCGGGCCACAUAUGCCCUCUUUCCUGAUCUGCCUCUGAAUGGUACCCUCACACUGGCUCUGCACAUCACCGAUGCAGAGGUUCUGGCUCAGUUCCGAGCCAUCAAACUUGGCAAGGCCGGUGGCACGGGACUCUUAAGCGGGGAUCUUACAGAUGCCACCAUGGCCAUGUUGCCGAAGCCCAACAAACCGGCACAUAUCUUGGCCAACUUGAGGCCCAUUGGGCUCAUGGCCCCCACCUCCAAGGCCCUGGCAGGCAUCCUGAAGCAGCGCAUGAUGGAGUGGCAGCUCCCAUUGCUACGCGAUAGGCCACAGUACGCCUACCUCCCCAACCGCGGCACUCUUGAUGCAUUGUUCAGAGUUCACAAACAUGUUGCCGAGGCGGUGGUGUUGUUCCGAACUAGCCGGGUUACGCGCUUCGGUGCCUACCGAGGGUGCCGCCCUCGUGCCUUCACUGGGGCGCUCAGUCUGUCCCUUGAUCUCAGCCGAGCCUUCGAUCUCAACAGACCCAGGCUUUUCCAAGCCCUGCGUGACUAUCAGGUCCCACAAGCCGUUAUCGAUGUGGCGCACCGUCUCCACUUUGGCUCGCGCUUUCAUUACAAGGCGGGGAACUGCCGCUCUAGCUUUGUACCCACCAACGGGCUGAAACAGGGGUGCAAGGUUGCGCCCAGUCUUUGGGUUUGGUAUACCUUGGCACUUAUGGAUGCGCUUGACAAGCAACUCCCGGAGGGCUGGGUUCGAAACAUUCUCACACUUUUCGCGGACGAUUGCUGGGCUAGUUGGCUUUUGUACUCCAUUGAGGACCUUAGGCGGGCACUGCGUGAGCUCACCAUUCUCCUUUCUACCUUGGAGCAUUUCCAAAUGCAGAUAAACUAUGGAAAAAUGGCAGUGCUUCUUAAGUUUGUCGGGAAGCAAGCCAAGCAAGCCCUGCAUGACAUCACCCGCUUAAAGAAUGGAGCACCCCACCUCUGCCUCACAGUUACUGGCCACGAGCGUCUCAUUCCCAUCAAAGAGGAGCAUGAGUACUUAGGCUCUAAGGUCACAUACCAUAACGUGCAGGAGGUCAAUCUUGAUCAUCGCAUGCAGUGCGGACAACACAGAUAUCAUGCCAUACAGCGCACCCUGACGGGACGACAUGUGAUCACCAUGGCGCAUAGAACUAGGCUUUGGGGAGCGUGUGUGAGCACAAGCCUGUUGUACUCGCUUCCUGCAGUGGGGCUCAAUGAACGUGGGCUCAGGCGGUUGGAGACCAGGGCGCUGAAGCAUUUGCGCGCCAUUCUGAGGCUGCCGGCGCACCUAACACGUGUAACCAACACAGACAUCUGGAGCCGGGCUCAGAUCACCCCUCCUGGCCAGCAGGUCCUGCAAGCCCUGUCAUCCUUCCGUGCCAGAUUGGAGGCCAAAGCACAAACCGCGCCGGACAUCACCACAGACUUGCCUAUGCUUCGCCAUGUUCGGCAGGCUGAGCAGCGCCUUGCCAGUGUGCUGCACCACCGUGCUGAGCGAGACGACCCGACCCACACCGAGCAGCUUGAGACCUGGCCUUGCCCGCACUGUGUGCAUGUUGCACACACCGAGCAUGCUCUCAGGAUCCAUUGUGGGCUUCAUCAUCCUGAACAACCCAGGACUACGGUGGGGCAGGCCACCACCUUUGAUCCUGUUCAACAUGCUGUGGGGGGCCUCCCCCACUGCAGGCCCUGUGGCCGGCAGUUCAAGAAGUGGCAGAAUCUACGGCGCCAUAUUGAAGAAGGCACUUGUGCCGUCUUGGGAGGCGCCAGCUUUGUACAGCAGCCCAAUGCUGAGGUUGAACAGCGGCCGCCGCCGCCUGAGCAGAACAUACCUCCCACCGCUCCCUCGGCGGAGCCGCAAAACACUCCCUUCGUGCUUCGCCCGUUCUUUUUGCAAGCAUGGACGCAGUGGGACUCGAUGUUAGCACACCCUGCCCUUCGCCGUGAGCUCACCAAGCAUUGUGUCAUCUGCCAGAUGUAUAAUCGCUUCCCACUAUUAUUAAAUCCCCCCUAA